AUGUCUAAAAGAGUGGUUGUGUAUAUGCUGUCGAACUUACUUGACGAAGGUACGGAAGUGAUAUUGGAUAAUUGGUACGUGUCAGUUAGGUUAGUUGUAUUCUUGUUGACACGAAAUACUUAUGUGACAGCUACAAUAAGAACCAACCGAGGAGUGCCGUCUGAACUCACACACAUUCAGUUGGAAAAAGAACAGUCGUGUUUUAUCAGAAAGGGAGAUGGACUGAUUGUGCGUUAUAAAGACAAAAAAGACAUUUAUGUGAUAACAUCUAAACUGACCGGUAAUUUCGUCCAGAAAGACCAGUAUUCCGUUGCCCAUAAACGCAUUGUAGUGAUUGUAGUGUUGCAAAAGCCAAGUCAUGUGGAUCAUUAUAAUUUAAAUAUGGGUGCCGUUAAUGCAACGGAUCAGGACCUGGAGUCAUACAAUGCAGCAAGGAAGACCUACGCUUGGUUCAAGAAAGUUGGGAUCUACGUGUUACAAAGGGUGGUAACGCCUUAUAAAAACGAGAUGGAGGCCAGGAAAUCUGCGAUUGGCGAGAAGCAACAACAAAAAGUCAAAAGAAAAAUAGGACAAACAGGAAAGGCCAGCAAGCCUGUAAUAAGGAUGUAA